AUGCUGAGGCCGCUGCUGCGAAGGUGGACAGCGACGUCGAGGUCGAUCCGGAGGAUCUUAUCAAGCCUGCCGAGGAGCUUGUCCCAUUCGCCUUCCCCCUGGCCGAUGACAAGACUCACAAGAAGAUUUACAAGCUCAUUAAGAAGGGUGCGUGCACAGCAAUUGCCUCCAAUCGACUCGCUUUUGCGCAGACCGAUGCUAAUCUGUUUUUUUCCUCUAGGCGCGAAAGUAAAGUCCAUCCAUCGCGGUGUUAAGGAGUGCGAGAAAGCUAUCAAGAAGACACCUGCGAAGACCCCCGCGACUGCCCCUAGCGACGCCCCCGGCCUUGUCAUCAUUGCCGGCGACAUCUCUCCUAUGGAUGUCAUCAUGCACUUCCCCCUCCUCUGCGAGGAGCACAAUGUUCCCUACUUGUUCAUCAAGUCCCGCGCCGACCUCGGUGUUGCCGCUUGCACCAAGCGCGCCACCAGUGUUGUCAUGUUGAAGCCUUCAGGCAAGAAGGCUGGCAAAGACACCGAGAUGACCGACGCUGAUAAGAAGUCGUCGGCUGAGGAGUACCUCGAGUCCUACAAGGAGGUCCUGAGGAUUGCUCAAAAGGAGUGGGAUGCCCAGGUUCAGCCGUGGGUCAAGGGCACCCACUCUAAGCAAAUCGCCUACCGCCAGGCCAACAAGCAGCAGUAA